AUGCCCAGUUCAUCAUCUGUCAUUCCGAGGAAACUAAUGCUUGUUCCUCUUCCUCUUGUCCUUCAGCGCUCGCUCAAAUUGGCUUCGGAUGUCCUCCCCACGUUUACUCUCCUGUCAUUUGUCGUUGUCCAAUUUUUCCUGAAUAUUGCCCGCUACAUUCCAGCCCGCUACUGGCAAAGCUGGGUCGACCGGUCCCGGCUCGUCCUCAAAGUUAUGCUCGAUUGUAUACUUGUCAAUGGCUUGAAGUCGCCUCUUUCCCUCACGCCGGCCACGUUUCUCGCAGACGGACGCACCAGCGAUUACCGGCGCGACCGGCAGCAGCUUGACAUCCUCCACCAGCGCAUUCUCGAGCUGGAACGGCGCAAUGCAUCCCUCUCCCAAAACCUCGACGAAUCAAAUGAGGAGCAGCGUUUACUCCGUGAACGGCUCGUCAAACAGUCCCAAGGCUCUCAUAAAGGGGAUGAAGACUGGCAGACACGCUGUAGGGAUGCCGAAGCAUCGGCCAAACACUACGAGGCAGACCUUGCUCGUAUCAAAAGGCAAUUUGAUGCGCAAACGCAGCUAUUGGAGGAAACCGAAGGGCUGUUGAACACGCUCCGUAAAUCCAAUGACGAGGCGAGAAUGUCGAGGAUGGGGAAUGAAGGCACCCAGCGAGAAGCUCUUGCGCAGAUGGACGCAUUGCGAGAGAACGAGGCGGCGUUGCGUACGCAAGUGGACGACCUCACCGCAAAACUUGAAAUCGCAGAGGCUUCAGCCUCGCAACUUACUACACAGCUGGAUGAAUCCAAUACAAAGCUACAGGGCUCCCAGAAGACAUUGGAGGCUGCCAAUACUACUCUGCAGGAUCUGCGGGCACAGUUGGAUCAAGAAACACGCAUUGCAUCUUCGGCUCGCAAUGAUCUGGUUGCACAGAAUGAUGCAGUUCAGACACAGCUACAUGAGGCAAUUGCAGCCCGAGAGCAAGCAGAGCAAGCGUAUGAAGCUGCAGUCACCAGUCACGACGAGACAGUCCAGAGCCUCGUCAAAGUAAACGAAGAAUCGGACAGAUCCCUUCAAACUGCCCAAAAAGCCCGCGAAGAAGCUGAACAACACUUGCUCCAAGUUCGUCAGGAGCUAGCUGCGGCGCAAACUCGAGCAUACAACGUCCAGCUCGUCAACAGCCAGUUGCAGGGAAAGAUCAAAGCCCUUGAAGGCAUGUCUCUUACUAUUCACGCUCCAGAGCAACGAGCAUCCCAAGAUGGCGAGGCCAAGUCGGAUACUGAGCAGAUCCAAGUUAUGGAAGACGCUCAUGCUAAGAUCGUGCAGUUGGAAAACUCUGUAGCAGAAAAGACCCGCGACAAUGAGGCUUUCAAGGCCGACAUCAAAGCUAAGGAGGAGGAAAUUUCUCGCUUGAACGAGCUCCUUGAGCAUGCAGACCAACGCGCGCACAAGUUGAAGAAGCCACGACGACCAUCUACGUCUAUUCCCCAUGCCGAUGGAGCAGCAGAACAUGCUCGAUCAACCAGCAUCAGCUCCCGUCUUGGGCUUGACCGGUUUGGCUCUGAGCGCCAACGCACUGUCUCCGGAUCCUCCACCCACGGCUUACCCCCUGCUAUGGCGUACGAUGUCGGAAGUAUUGGUCGAACCUCUGGAAGAAGCCGUGGCGGGAGUAUCGGUGCAGGAAGUCCAUCGAUGAGUCCAGCUCAUCGUGCCCAAGCGGCUCUACCAAAUGACCAGACCGCGGGUGAUACCUCUGGGCCAACCUCAAUCUCAUUCGUGGUAGAUGAGGCUCCACAUGAUACCUCUGCAUCUGCAUCUCCCGAGAAGCAUAGUCACAAGAGAAGCUCAGGCAGCACUAGACGGAGACUCUCGUCCAUCCUAGGUCUUCACGACAAGCACGACAAGGAAAAACACGAGAAGAGUCACACCAAGGAAGCAAGCUAG